UCUUUCUGCUGUUUCAUAAUUUUGUUUUGAAUUCCUCUACUGUGCAUUAGCAGAUCAUUGACAUUUCCAUAUUAAGAUGAACAAAGAAAUUUCCUGAAUUAAGGUAUGCAUUUACACUCUCAGGUUCUUAAUCAUUAUACUUAUGGAAGCAUCUACUGAAGACAUUCAUCCACAUUGCUUACAAUGUGUGAAAUUUUCAAAAUGUACUGUGGGGUCAAAGUCUGGUGAAAGUUGCAAUAUAAUAAGUUGUCCUGCAGAAUGUGGAGCUAAAUUUCAUGCAUGCAAAAGAAAAGAGCAUAGACUUCUAUGUAUGCAUGAAAAGGUGCCUUGCAUAAAUGCAGGAUAUGGCUGCCCUGCUGUGAUGUUUAGAAAAUAUCAAAGUAGGCAUUUGACUACUUGUCCUGCAAGUAUAAUUCAUUGCUCAGAAGAAUGGGAUAGGUGGCCCAUACAUUUUCAUGACAACAAAAAGCCCCACAAUCCCAGUCAGUUAGAUCCUACUGUGCACAACCAUUUGGAUGUUGCUUUAGCUAUGAGAGAUCAGCGAAUGUUGAGGAGAUGGUGUGUUGCCGCCGCGCAGGGUCAUUCCUUAAAUGAUCAUAAAUUUAUGAUCAGCCCAUCAAGUUCUUUAUGGGUCUUCAGAAAAUGGCAGAGCUCAAGAGAAUAUAGUUAUCCUCCAGGACUUGAACAAAGUGUAUGCAAUGAACUGUGUAAAACUUGUAAAAGAAAUGGAAAUGUGACUUCUAAUGCAUUGUCUCAUAAUGACAAUAAUAUGAGUCAUACAGAUAAAAUGCUUGAUACAUAUUUGGAUUUUAAUGGAAUUGCUGACAAAGAAAAUUCUGGAGAUAUUAACAAUAAAAAGCAGGAAAAUGCACAAUCAAACAAACAAAAAAUGGAGAAGUGUUUUUCUAGCCAAGAAAAUCUGGCACAUUCAUUAAAUAACAAAAAUGAGUUGCCUCAGUACAAUUUAGAUGAUGUACUUCAGCUUAGUCAGUUUGGUUCUAUUGUCUAUUAUCCGUCAUCUGGAGAAGGAUCUAUUCGUGUUGCAAUUGAUGCUAAUGACUGUUUUGCAAAUUCUUGUAGUGAUCAUCAAAAUGUAGCUUGCCAAAUUUUAGAUUUUAAAUUUAAAAAUCCCUCUUCUACGCCACCAUGGUGUCUUUCAUUAGGACUAGAUCUGAAUUUGGAGUCAAGGUCUCAGCAUUCUCCUUCAACUUUUAUGUAUACAUUUCUUUGUUGUCAGGAAUUUCGAAGAGACCAGUAUGGAUGGCAUUAUAAAAAUGUACAUUCUGAAAUUCAUGGUGGUUUAAAUGGAUGGCUGAUUGAAAGGUGUCCCCUUGCUCAGUAUGGUUGUAUGUUUGCUAGAAAGAGGUUCAAUUCUGCUCCACAAAAUUCAUAUAUUGUGUAUAAUGAAAUUUUGGAAAGUUUUGGAGUAGCAUGCACACCUCUUCAAAAUAGCAAAUCUGACUCAAUCAACUCAUGCUCACCUAGAAAUCAAUCUGGACAAUAUGCUCUUAAACUAACUGAUUUACCAUUUGAUGUUUUACAGCAUAUAGUUCAGUUUUUGGAUAGCUUCAGUUUGGCAAAUUUAUCUUUAGUAUCUACUCUAUUACGAGAUGUAUGUUCAACUGUGUUGAAAGAACAUGGUUUAGUUCGUUUAAAGUGGGAGCGUCAUAAGAAAGAUGAUAAAUAUACAUGGCAAUUAUCAAAGUCAAAAAGAUGGUUUUUCAGUUCUCACUUCACACCUGUUUACAAAUGGACUUUUGAUGAUCAAAAUAACAUGUCAAAUCAUUUGAAGACAUGUCCGUAUUUUAAUCGAAUUGCACAAAAAAGAGCAUUUGGAUAUGGAGAUGGACCAAAUAAUGUUCAUCCUAAGCCAGAUAAGCGAUAUAGUGAUCCUUUGAAGGAGUUGUAUGAAAACAGUACAACAAAGCUGUGAUAAAAAAUGGAAAACUAAUGGCUUAGGGUUUUUACCAUUAUUAAUUUAAUUAGGAUGCUUGUUUAUUUAUUGCAAUGUUUUGUGAUGGCAGCAGGAUUCUGCUAAAAAUCUUAAUUAAAUAUUGUAUUUAAGACCAGUGUUCUGUGCUGUAGUUUUCUUAAUCAGUGUUUGUAAUUCAAACAUCGUUAUAACACUGCAUUGUGCCAUUUAAUAAUGCAUUUUGUAGGGAAAUAAUGUUAAUUUGUAGGAUUCUUAGAGAUCUAUUGUAUUUGUAUUUACAAAGAUUAAUCUAAAGGAUUAUUGUGUUUGUAAAAAUUUGUAAUGAAAGAAGAAAAUGUUUCUAUAACAUACGUUUCAGAGGUAAUACCUUUUGAAACAAGCAAUAGAGUCAAAAAUAACAUUCAGUUUACUAUUUUUGAACAUACAAAAUAGUAUACAACAGUGCCUUGAAAUAAACAUCUAGAGCAGUUAAUUAUUUUUGAAAUGUUUUAAUAGCAUUCCAUAAAAAAUUAUUUCAGUUUUUGUGAAGUGUGUCUCUUGAGAAAAUAUUUUUGCAAAAGAUUCUGCUAGAAAUGAAGCACAUGUCAAGAAAUUAAAUAAAUAAGUAAGUAAAUAAAGUUGUUUUUUAUUAUAGUAACUCUACUUAAAUGUUUAUCAUUAUUUGCUAUGCAGGAUUUAAGUUGAUGUGCUUAAAUGUUAAAUAAUAUGUUUUGUAAAAUGUGUUAAAAACUAAUUAUUUUGUCCCUUUUCUUUAUACCAGUAUUAACAAUUUAUGAGAAACUCUCGCUAGUAUAUCAGUAUCAAAUUUAAAAUUAGGCAUAAAGGUAGCCUUAGUUCAUUUUAGAUUUUGAAUAAAACUCUUGUCAAUUUUGAGAGGGCUGAGACAAAGGUCUGUUUGAAGAGGAGAUUCACCCCCCCCCUUAACUUUAAAUGUGCAAAUAUAUUUUAAGAGUUUGUUGUUCUUAGGUAUGGAUUAAUAACUUUGCUUUAACCUGUGAUCAUAAUGCCAUUCUCCCAGUGCAUUCUGAAUAUUUAUUUUUGACUCUUCAGUGAACUCACUUGCACGUGAAAUCAAGAUAAGGAUUUUUUUAGUGAUAAUUCCCGACCUAAAAUGUACAAUUUCUGAAUGAUACCUUAUGCAAAGUAUAUUUAAACUAUCUUAGUUAUGUGAAAUUUAAAUUUUAAUUUGUUCAUUAUUAUUAAUUUGUUAUAUUUUUAUCUUGUUUUGAAUCUUUAACCACUUGUGCUAAAAAGACGUGCAUCGAGAUGCUUUUUUCUCAAACUGCGAACGACAUGAACACCACGUCGAUAGGCAUUUAUCACAAAAAUGAAAAUAACGUGGUGCACACGUUGCCUAACAACGAGAUUGUUUAUUUCUAAAAUAACUGCUCUGGAUUGCACUCGCAGACGCGGAGCGGCAUAAAUGAGACACUUUACUGCUUGUUAUAUUGUAGCGCACGGUACCGCAGACGCGGAGCGACGUAAAUAAGACACUUUACUGUUUGUUAUAUUGUAGCACACGGCACUGCAACUGUUAAGUUUAGUCGUAGUGCAAGUGGUUAAAGUUCUUUACAAAUAAUUAGUGAUAAGAUUAGGCUUGUUAUCUUUUCUUAAAGUAAAAAUAAUUAGCUUUUAUUUCUCAGUAUAUUGAAUUAAGAAGUUAUUUUAUAAAAUUUAUAAUCUAAAACACUGUGAUUAUAAAGUCAUAAUUUCUGUUAGUCAGUGGCAGCAUUUAAGUUGCAUUUUUAUGGGUUUCUUUGUGUAUGUGUGUGUGUGUGUGUGUGUGUGAAUAAUACUGUAAAAGUUAUAUUAAAAGAUUUUUUUAAAAACUC